AGGCUCGGCUUGUUCCGCCCAGGCUGGCGGCUGGAACAUUGUCGGAGUCUGGCUUCGUCGGGACGAGCGGCGGAGCGCCUGGUCUGGGUCGGGGAUGGCAUCCCCCUCGCGGAGGCUGCAGACCAAGCCGGUCAUCACCUGCCUGAAGAGCGUCCUCCUCAUCUACACCUUCGUCUUCUGGUUCUCUGGCAUCAUCCUUCUGGGCGUCGGGAUUUGGGGCAAGGUGAGCCUGGAGGUCUACUUCUUCCUGCUGAAUGAGAAGGCCAGCAACGUUCCUUAUGUCCUGAUUGGGACAGGGCUCGUCGUCGCCCUGCUAGGCACCUUUGGCUGUUUUGCAACCUGUCGCGGAAGCACAUGGAUGCUGAAACUGUAUGCUAUGUUCUUAACCCUCAUCUUCCUUGUGGUGCUGGUGGCUGCCGUUCUGGGUUUUGUCUUCAGACAUGAGAUAAAGGACAGUUUUAAGAAAAACUAUGAAAAUGCUGUGAAGCGUUACAAUGGGACCAAAGACGAUCCUAGCAAAGCGAUUGAUGACAUCCAGAAAACAUUGCACUGCUGUGGUGUAGAGAAUUUCAUGGACUGGAACAUGAGUGAUUACUUCAAACAAAAAGGCAUCCCCAUCAGUUGCUGCAAGCCUUUGGAGAACUGCACGGAUGAUGACUUGAGGAACGUCACCAAAGCAGAAGGCAAAGUUUACGAACACGGUUGUUUUAGCCUGGUGAUACAAACCAUGGACUCUGAGAUGGGUAUUGUGGCUGGGAUCGCUUUUGGCAUGGCUUGUUUCCAGUUGAUUGGCAUUUUCUUGGCCUGCUGCCUUUCCCGGUCUAUCACAAGUAACCAGUAUGAGAUGGUGUAACACUGCAAGACGGGAGUUCGCCUGACACUCCAAGGGUUUAUUUAAACAAACAAAAAACAAAAACAGAAGAUUUUUUUUUUUUAGGAGCCACUUCCCUGACAGACUUGAGCUAUGGAAAACCCGUUUGAUUUGACUGCUCUCUUUGGGAUUUUAUUUGAAUUUUGUUUGAAAUUAUGGAGCUUUUCCUUUGAGAUUUGAAACUACUGAGGACCAGUAGUUUUAAAAAUAGAUUUUUUUUUUUAAAAAAGGGAGGCUUUACAUAGUACUAUUUCAUAGUACUAUUAGUUUCAUUAGUUUUAUUUGUGUCAUUAAUCUUCAAUGUAUUUAAGUGGACAUAUUAUUUAAAUUUAUAUUAGCCUGUUCUUGCUAUUGUAGUGUAACUUAACCAACAGCUGCCUCUUUUAGUUAAAGGCUCUUUUUCUCCCUUGA